UAAGCUUUUCUAUCCUCUCCUGUUUCAAUUAACUUGGAUACGCCCUACCAAUACUGAUGUCUAUAACUUCAGUGUCUUGAUAUAAUACAGUGUAUGAAGUGCGGGAAUGGCAAUUCAGAAGAUUACAGGUUUUGAGGCUCUUCCGAAGAAGACUUUCGGAGCUCGACGGCCCCAUCAGGAUGAGACUUCCAUACAGAAACACCACCCACCUACAACUAUCGAACAACAAAAUGAGAAGUUGGUACGACUUCUAGAAUGGGAGAAUCUCCCUCCUUGGAAACAGCGCGGUUGUGAGCACCUACGGACUGGAUAUCGACCGGAGUGCGCUUCAUUAUGGUCGUGCCUGCGUAGCUGGUUCUAUCUACACAAUGAGACAGUUAAUAUUUUCACCCACGUAAUCGGCGCGGUUAUUUUCCUAGCUUUACCCCUAUAUGUCUUUAGGACUGAGAUCCCACCACGUUAUAAAGUGGCGACUACGGCCGAUAUCCUAGUCUGCAGUAUAUACUUCCUGGGGGUCGGCGUCUGCUUCACACUCUCGACUAUGUUUCACACUUUUAUGUGUCAUAGCGAAGCCGCGUGCUCCCUUGGCGUCAAGCUGGAUUACCAAGGCAUCAUACUAUUGAUAUGGGGAGCAAAUAUAGCUCUUAUCUAUUACAGCAUGCCCUGCGACUUGGGAAGUAAGAUCGCCUAUUGGACCUUUAACACUAUCCUCGCUGGAAUCUGUUCGUAUGCGACGUUCCACCCGUCGAUAGGUGGAGCGCAAACGGGACGUGCGCGUGCUGUACUCUUUGCUACGUUUGGGUUUUGCGCGGUUGUCGCUCCGAACUUAAUUGGGCUAUUGAAACACGGGUUCGAUGAACAGAGUCGUCGGGUUGGGCUUAAUUGGAUAGCGGCUACGACUUUGUUCAAUGGCACGGGCGUAGUAGUAUAUGCUGCUAAGUUCCCGGAACGGUGGUAUCCUCGAGUGUUCGACAUAUUCGGUGCGAGUCAUCAGAUCAUGCAUGUGAUGGCAGUGUCGGCAGCCCUUGCAUUUGCGAAGGCUAUGUUGCAAGCCUUUGAUCUUCACCACCAAAAUCCCCGAGUAUGUACGGGGGACGCAUCUCAUUUAUAUCUAACGUAGAUCUGCCAUGCUGCCAUAUAUAAUGCUUAUGAGGCCAACCUAAAGUCCAGCCUCUUGUUCCCGACGUCUUGGUGGUCGGCAAGGUAGACCAGCUUUUCCUCAGGAGUCAUAGCAUCCCAUUCGCGCUCUCUCACGCGGUUCCUCCGGA